AUCAUUGUAUUCCGUUUAUAUUUACAUCUAACACAAUUUCCCAACUCAUAUGGAAACGGGGUUUGUAUGAUAUUGUGUCCUGUCAUUUGUCUUUCUGUACAAUACAGUAAAUUAAUACAGUAGAUAUUAUUUUUCAGACAUAGUUGAAAAUUGUGAUUAAUCAUGUUUAAUUACUUUGAAUUUUUUUUUUCUUUGGUAGCAUCACAUUUUAUACAUCGCCAUUCGGUCCAGCGUAACUCUGCGUGUGUGUGUGUGGUUGUGUGUGUGUGUGUGUGUGUGUGUGUGUGUGUGUGUGUGUGUGUGUGUGUGUGUGUGUGUGUGUGUUUCUACCUAGCAACAGCGGUCGGUCCUCACAAAGUAAAAUAUUUUUUUUACUUUGUGUGUUUUGCAUCCUAAAGUGAGAUUGUAACUCUCUACUCCCAUCUAGUGCUAGAUAUAUAUUUUUCAUCAUUCUAGCUAUAGUGGAAAGGGGGGCCCUCACAAACUACUGACCAAACGUGUGUCCACACAAAGUAGCCAAGACGUGUGUGUGUGUGCGUGUGUGUGUGCGUGUGUGUGUGUGUGUGUGUGUGUGCGUGUGUGUAGAGUAGAGUGACCUUGAUGCCUCGACACAGCAGGAAGACACAGGAGAAAAGUGAUUAGCGGUGGCAAGACGAACGCAAAAUAAAUGAUGUCGGUCGAGUGUAAAAGUAAAUAAAGAUUCACUUAUGAAGGAGAAAGAAGGCAAAGGCGCUGAGGAUGGAGUAAGAACUUAAAGCAACAGUGGAGGAAAAUGGGGUUUGAGAGAAAGGUGACUCAUAAUGCAUCUAUUGGGGUUCUUUUUCUUUCUCCCCACAGGCAAUCUGGAGGUGCAGUCAUCAAGAACAGUCUUGGUGAAGAGUUCUACAAGGAGGCCAUUGAGCACUGUCGCAGCUACAAUGCCCGACUAUGUGCUGAGCGAUCCAUGCGUCUCCCCUUCCUGGACUCCCAGACAGGUGUGGCCCAAAGCAACUGUUACAUCUGGAUGGAGAAGAACCACCGUGGACCAGCUUCAGGUCACGCUCCAGGUCAGUUGUACACGUAUCCCGCACGCUGCUGGCGCAAGAAGCGGCGGCUAAACAUCCUGGAGGACCCACGGCUCGUACCAAUAGAGUUUAAGAUCGAUUAUGAGGCCUCUCUAAAAAAGGAGGGGGGUAUUCCAGAUGGUCCUGUUUUGGAGUCACUGCUCGCUGGGGAAACUCUGGACAAGAAGGUAGAAACAAAAGAGGAGGAGCCAAUGAGCGAGUGUCAGAAAUUGCUCGUUGGAGAUUUUCCUCAUGAGCUGGAAGUGGACGAAAUGGAGGAAGACGUGCCAAAGCGCAAGAACCGUACCAAAGCACGGGCUUAUGGGGUUGGAGGCAUGAGGAAGCGCCAAGAGCCGCCUGCCAUAGAAGACAGAGACAAGCCUUAUGUCUGUGACAUAUGUGGAAAGCGCUACAAGAACCGCCCGGGACUGAGCUACCAUUAUACUCACACACAUCUGGCAGACGAAGAGGGCGAGGAAGACUCAGAACGACACACGCUACCCUUCCAGCGCAAGAACAACCACAAGCCCAAGAAAGCGGCGGACGGCUCAGUCAUCGUCAAUGGAUACUGCGACUUUUGUCUCGGCGGGUCAAAGAAGACUGGCUGUCCCGAGGACCUUAUUUCCUGUGCGGACUGUGGACGCUCAGGCCACCCGUCCUGUCUGCAGUUCACAGUGAACAUGACAGCUGCAGUGAGGACUUAUCGCUGGCAGUGCAUCGAGUGCAAGUCCUGCAGCCUGUGCGGCACCUCCGAGAACGACGAUCAGCUGUUGUUCUGCGAUGAUUGUGACAGAGGCUACCACAUGUACUGUCUGAGCCCUCCCAUGUCAGAACCACCAGAGGGGAGCUGGAGCUGUCAUCUGUGUUUGAGACAACUGAAGGCAAAGGCCUCAGCCUACAUCACCCUCACUUAAUCUGCAGACGGCCAUUCCUCCUCUCUCAAACAUUCCCAGUCGCCCCCCUGACUGUCUGCCCCCCCCCCCCCCCUCCUUCUCCAUGAUGCCACACGUCUUUCACAGAACCCAACAACCCAGCGUCCAUUCUAGAAGAGAACCGAGCUCCGGCGUUCAUUCGUGUCACUCACGCUCCUUGCUGUGGAUGGACGACCCCUCCUAACAGUGCCACACACACACACACACACACACACACAUUCUUGUAUUUGUGACCUUCUUGAGACCUGAGAAAAAUGCCUUCCUCUUUAGGACCACCCUUUCUAGAUAUAUGAAGAUUUGUAUUUACAGCAUUUAUAAUAUAUACAUACUAUGCAAAUAUUAAAAAAAAAAGGUAGGCUUUUUAGUUACUUUUUUUUGUUGAAUUUUUUGUUUGAAAUUGGUUUGUAAUCAUUAUUUAUUUCAAGUUAUUACAGUAUGUCUCUAGUACAGGGGUCACCAACCUUUUUGAAACCAAAAGCUACUUCUUGGGUACUCAUUAAUGCGAAGGGCUACCAGUUUCCAUCCAUCCAUUUUCUACCGCUUAUUCCCUUUGGGGUUGCGGGGGACGCUGGAGCCUAUCAGCUACAAUCGGGCGGAAGUCGCCACCUCAUCACAGGGGCUACCAGUUUGAUACACACUUAAAUAAAUUGCCAGAAAUAGCCAAUUUGCUCAAUUUACCUUUAACUCUAUGUUAUUAUUCAUAAUUAAUGAUAUGUAUCUUUGUGGAAACACUGAUCAUCUUAAUGAUUUCUCACAUUAAAUAUAUAUAUAGAAACAGAUAAAUAUCAAUAUGCAACACUUUAUUUUUAUAUUUUCUCUAAGUGCACAUUUUUCAAAUUGAACAUUUUCAAAUGAUGACUUCUAAGACAGUCUUGUGAAAUCACAAUAUCCCAUUUUAACUAGCUAGCCACUAACAUUUCUUAACAAAUCAUGAAUUACUUUGCACCAGGUUUGUAAAAAUAAUAACUCAUGUAAAAUACAAAAGUCAACUCUCAAAUUUUUAAAUAAAUCAUGUCACACUUUGAAAUGGACACCAAAUCUGUUAUGUGUUUCUUUGUCAGUUAGUGAAGACCAAGUCUUUAAAAUAUUUUCUUGGAUUUUCAAAUUCUAUUUGAGUUUUGUCUCUCUUAGAAUUAAAAAUGUGGAGCAAAGCGAGACCAGCUUGCUAGUAAAUAAAUGCAACUUAAAAAAUAGAGGCAGCUCACUGGUAAGUGCUGAUAUUUGAGCUAUUUUUAGAACAGGCCAGCGGGCUACUCAUCUGGCCCUUACGGGCUACCUGGUGCCCGCGGGCCCCGCGUUGGUGACCCCUGCUCUAGUACAUAUUUAUUUACUUUUUUUAAAUUAAUUUCAGCCAAAGGGGGCGCAUUUCAAUUUCUCACACACACAUUUGUUAUUACGUAUGUUGGCCAGAGGGGAAGCACUUCGAAUUUUUACACACACUUGUUAUUUCAUAUGUUGACCCAACUUUUAAAACCGACACAGUCAAUUUGAAAAAUCUCUCCUUUUUUGGGACCACCCUAAUUUGCGAUAGAUUUCACCACUAGGGGUGCUAAUGCCAUCUCUGGGUUGGGGAGGAGAUCUUGCCCCGAGUGGAGAAGUUCGAGUACCUCGGAGUCUUGUUCACGAGUGAGGGAAGAGUGGAUCGUGAGAUCGACAGGCGGAUCGGUGCGGCGUCUUCAGUAAUGCGGACGCUGUAUCGAUCCGUCGGGGUGAAGAAGGAGCUGAGCCGGAAGGCAAAGCUCUCAAUUUACCGGUCGAUCUACGUUCCCGUCCUCACCUAUGAUCAUGAGCAUUGGGUUAUAACCGAAAGGACAAAGUCACGAGUACAAGCGGCCGAAAUGAGUUUCCUGUGCCGGGUGGCAUGGCUCUCCCUUAGAGAUUGGGUGAGAAGCUCUGCCAUCCGGGAGGAGCUCAAAGUAAAGCCACUGCUCCUCCACAUUGAAAGGAGCCAGAUGAGGUGGUUCGGGCACCCGAAUGCCUCCCUAGGGAGGUGUUUAGGGCACGUCCGACUGGUAGAAGGCCACAGGGAAGACCCAGGACACGUUGGGAAGACUAUGUCUCCCGACUGGCCUGGGAACGCCUCAGGAUCCCCCGGGAGGAGUUGGAUGACGUGGCUGGGGAGAGGGACGUCUGGGCUUCUCUGCUUAGGCUGCUGCCCCCGCGGAGGAAAAUGAAAUAAAAGAUGGAUGCUAAUGAGACAGUCUCUAUUAGAUGCAAUGGUUUUCCCUAUUGGGACCGUGAUUUCGUUCCUAACUUGUUCACCAGUCCUCAUAUGGUAGGUACUUUUCAGUGUGAGCCUGCUCAGUGGUCUAGUGGUUAGAGUGUCCGCCCUGAGAUCGGUAGGUUGUGAGUUCAAACCCCGGCCGAGUCAUACCAAAGACUAUAAAAAUGGUACCCAUUGCCUCCCUGCUUGGCACUCAGCAUCAAGUGUUGGAAUUGGGGGUUAAAUCACCAAAAUGAUUCCCGAGCGCGGCCACCGUUGCUGCUCACUGCUCCCCUCACCUCCCAGGGGGUGGAACAAGGGGAUGGGUCAAAUGCAGAGGUUAAUUUCACCACACCUAGUGUGUGUGUGUGACUAUCAGUGGUACUUUAACUUUGUUGAUGUCUCAAGAAGGGUAGAAAUGCAAGAAGACACACACACACACACACACUCAAACGAAUUCAUCAGCCGGCAAUAGGUCCGCUCCAAAGACACACACUCCAGCCUGCCAAGGGCACUUUGGAGCAAGAGUACUCCACUGGAGAACCUCUUAAGAGCCCUCAGAAGAGCCCUAAUGAUCUUUGGCUGCAACUCAGUCAAGUAGUGAGUGAGAAUUAACAAGAUGGAUGGGCACCAGGCAGAGUACGUGGCUUUGGAGACACUGGACAACAACGGAGCAGUAUGUUCUCGUCCUAUAAACUGCGGACAAAUAAACUUCAUCCUGUUUUAAA